ACCCGUUUACGGCUCUAGACCUUACCUGGCUAUAUAAUUGGAGGAGUGACGUACCCUUCUUCUUCGAGACCGCUGCCGUCGAUUCGCCGGAGUUCGUUUCCCGCUUCAGGUCGCUUCCUUCUCCUUCUUUAUCCGGAUCGAAAGCCUAGCCUUCAAUCGAUGGAUCUCUCGGAGAGGUCCGGCCAAUCGCUUUUUCCUGGCUUACUUUACUCGCCUGGGACGCUCGGCAUGGAUCGGAUGGUUCUAGGCCGGAGCGCCGUCGCCUCCCUCCCUAAGGCGGUCCCGAGUGGCACCGCCUCAAUGGGAUCUGUUGUCGCCCGAUCUCCGAACGAACCGGGGAAGAUCAAGCUCUAUUCGCCCACGUUUUACGCCGCCUGCACCGCCGCUGGGAUCGCCAGUUGCGGCCUGACCCACAUGGCCGUCACGCCGCUCGAUCUCGUCAAGUGUAACAUGCAGAUCGAUCCGGCUAAGUACAAGAGCGUCUCCUCCGGAUUUGGGGUUUUGCUCCAGGAACAAGGUGUCAAGGGUUUCUUCCGAGGCUGGGUGCCGACCCUGCUCGGGUACAGCGCCCAGGGAGCUUGCAAGUUCGGAUUUUAUGAAUUCUUCAAGAAAUACUACUCUGAUAUUGCUGGACCCGAGUAUGCUGCCAAGUACAAAACUUUAAUCUACCUGGCUGGCUCUGCGUCUGCUGAGGUGAUUGCCGACGUUGCUCUCUGCCCCUUUGAGGCCGUCAAGGUGCGAGUCCAGACGCAGCCUGGUUUUGCUAGAGGUUUGAGUGAUGGUUUGCCUAAGCUUGUUAAAUCCGAGGGCGUAGCAGGUUUGUACAAAGGAUUGGGUCCACUUUGGGGUCGUCAAAUUCCUUACACCAUGAUGAAAUUUGCAUCGUUUGAAACGACUGUGGAGAUGAUCUACAAAUAUUCGAUCCCCAAGGACCAGUGCAGCAAACAGCUUCAGCUCGGGGUGAGUCUCGCCGGCGGUUACAUUGCCGGCGUGCUCUGCGCCGUUGUUUCUCAUCCUGCGGACAAUCUCGUCUCUUUCCUAAACAACGCUAAAGGUGCCACUGUUAGCGAUGCUGUUAGCAAGCUUGGUCUCUGGGGUCUUUUCACUCGGGGGCUUCCGCUUCGUAUCGUCAUGGUCGGAACCUUAACGGGCGUGCAAUGGGUAAUCUAUGAUGCUUUCAAAGUGAUGGUUGGCCUGCCCACAACUGGUGGAGUGAUUCCCGCUCCUGCUUCCGAGGCAGAUACGUUCAAAGCUGUCGCUUGAAUCUGUGUAGAUUCUCAAUUCAACUCUCAAAUCUUCGGACAAAGAACCAUUUAGGAUAAAAGUAGAUUGUUUUGGAAAACACACUGUCAACUAUUAUCAUCUAGAUUCAUUGCUGUAUUAUUUUUAUCUAUUUUCAUUUUCAGACGAUAAGAUUUUAUAAGGAAUCAUAGAAAUUAGAGGUUAUGCAGAAAACGUCAAUGGUCUUUGUAAACUUUGCAUGUAGAAUGUUGUUAGACAAAAACAGUCUAUGGAAAAAAUUAAAUCUCUAUGAAAUCAUAUGGCUGAGAAGGAACC